UUUAUCAAAGAAAAGUAAACGAAAAAACAAUAUAACAACGACGACGACAACGACCUUUGAUGAAUUGAAUAAUUUUUGGCCAUUAACACUUAUGUUUAAUGCAAAAAUUAAUGAUCUAUUUAAUGAAUUAUUUCAAUUUCUAUUACGUUUAAGAUAUUUUCAAUAUUUAAUUGGUAAUGAUUUUUUAUUAUCAUCAAAAUUUCGUUAUAAUGAUUUAAAGAAAAAUAUUUAUCUAUUUCGUUUUCGUUUGGCAAAUCUUAUAUUUCAAUUUGGUUAUCAAAUGGAAUAUCGUUUAAAAGAAUUAAUACAACAAACAAUAAAUCGUUUUGAAAAUGAUACGGAAAAUGUUGAAGAAUUUUUUAAUGUUCAUCAAAAAUUUUUAGAAAAAUUAGAACAAAUUAAAUUACGUGUUAUAAAUUCAGUAUUUAUGCGACAACAAUUUCGUACGAUUGCAAAAUUUUGUCAUACAAAUGAUUCGGAUGUUCAAUCAUUAACCGAUACUAUUGUUAAAAAUCGUCGUCGUCAAUCGAUUGUUGAAAAUAUUAAUCAAUUAGAUCGUGUACGUAGUGAAGAUUUUAUUAUUUAA